AAAUCUUACAUCCAAAACCAAAAGCAAAAAAUGGCAAAGUCUCUUCUCAUGGUAAUGAUGGUGUCCAUAGUAAUGUUUUACAUGGUUCGUCCGACUUUCUCCCAGAUAAUCAAUCCAUAUACAGACGAGGUACUAGAAGAUGUGGCUGAUUCUCCAACUUCAGAUUUCGAAAUUUACGUCGAAUCUCCUGAUGAAGCUCCACUUGAAGAGGCUGAUUCACCCGCAAUGGAGUAUGACACAGAGCUUGCUAGCCAUUACUCGCACAAACAGCUCGAUUUUCUUGACGCUUGCAUUGAAAAGCAAGGCAAGAAAUGCGGAGGUCAGGUUUUCAAGAACAUGUUCGCUGAGACUCCGCAAAUCACUGAUGAAUGUUGUCAUCAUGUAUUGAAGAUUGGCAAAGAUUGUCAUCUCGUAUGGGUUAAGUUCAUAUUCACCUCGUAUGAGCAUAAAAGUUUUGCUUCUAAGGGUAUUCCAAAAAGCAAACAGUCAUGGAACGAUUGUGUCCGUAGAGUUGGGAGCAACAUUGGCGCUCCGGUCUCUUGGGAAAUGUCAAGAAACAACACCAACAAUAUUGACGGUGAUAGAGUUCCUAAGACCUCUGCUGAGACUCCUGAAGAGUUGGCUUUACGUCUUGCUAAAGAACUUGAAAACACGAAGCUUACCAGUUCUAGUAUGGAAAAUGUGCGUCAAAAUCUUCUCGGUAAUAGAUCAAUCCACAUGGGGAUACCACCCUUAGCUUCCCAAGGGAUGAUGCCAGAUAAGUUUGAUGACAAAGUUGGGUUCAAAACGUGA